CCUCGGGAAGGUCCCGCGCAUGCGCGGUGAGGUCUGUCUGACCGACCUUCAGCCGGGCCGGUACCACCAUGUUCUCUCGGGCGGGCGUCGCUGGGCUCUCGGCCUGCGCGGUGCAGCCGCAAUGGAUCCAAGUUCGAAAUAUGGCAACUUUAAAAGAUAUUACCAGGCGACUAAAGUCAAUCAAAAACAUCCAGAAAAUCACCAAGUCUAUGAAAAUGGUCGCGGCAGCAAAAUAUGCCCGAGCUGAGAGGGAGCUGAAACCAGCUCGAGUAUAUGGAAUAGGAUCUUUGGGUAAGUGAAGGGUAUAAUUCACAAAUUGU